CCGAGAGGAGAAGAAGGGCAGAAUGUGCUGUGUUACGGCGGCCUGGCCCAGAUCCGCGUGAGGAGAGCCGUGCUAGUGCAUGCCAAAGCGUGCGGCGACUGUGCUUCGGAAGCUUCUUUUGAUCUAUCGUCAAUUCCGUGCCUGCCCGACGAUGCUGUCGCUCUUCUCGUGGAUCUUACUUGGCGGCUCAGCGUACCUCUUCUUCAGCUCGAUGAGCAUCUUCUUCGCUGAUCCCGCCUUCCGCGGCUUCAAGGGCGGCGACACCAAGAGGGACCAUGGAGAGCACCCGCUGUCAUUCCUCAACCGCUUCAUCGCCCUGCUGCGGGUGUACGUCAAGGUGCUGCGGCAGAUGCUGCAGGUGUUCCUGUUCAAGGCCUACCAUGUAGCAUACGCCGUAGCCUUCAUGCUGCUGUCGGCCGAGGGCAAGAGCAAGCCCAAGAAGGUGGCGCCUCUCAUGGACGGCGCGGCAGAGCCGCAGAAGGUGGAGAGCAAAACGAUGAUAUUCUUCCGACACGGGUCAGUCAGGCCACACAGUCAGUGCACAGCAGACACACCCAGAGAGGAGGCGGGAACAGGAACACACUCCUGGUUGGUCACUUAUUGUAUUGUAUGCGUUGCGUUGUCCAUCGAUCCGAUCUGUCAGGGAGUCUCAGUGGAACUAUUGUUUUAACCGUGGCUUCUUCAAUCUGUCCUUCCCGUUCCGCCUGCUGUCGUCCCUCUACUACGAGUUCAUCCUGGGCUUCCACCUCGACUCGGUCUUCGUCGACGCGCCACUCAGCGAGCUCGGCAUAAGACAGUCGUGUGAGGUGAGGGACUUCCUCACCAAGGGCGGCACGCCAGCGUCGCCCGCGACGGGUGUGGACGGCUGGACACCCCUGGCACUGGAUGAGACCAUCGUGCCCAUACUCAAGGGCACCGGGGGGCCGCCAUCGGUGCUCGUGGCGUCGAAUCUCAGGUGGGUGGGGACGGUGAAGGGAGGCCGGUUGGUUGGUACGUUGAUGGAUGGAUGGAUGGCCCUCUCAUCCGUGUGUGCAUUCGUUGCAUGCAAUGCAGACGUGCGCUGUCGACGACGUUGAUCAGUUUCGGCGAGCGGCUCAGCCGGUCAAACGAGAAGAUCCUCAUACACUCUGCACUGCAGGUACCUGCGCCACUCGAGCAACACAGGGCGCGGCGCCUCAGAGACCUCUCUCUUUCUCCCCCUCCCCUGCCCUCCCUUCUCUCAGGAGCACACGCGCAACAUCGAUGGCAUCUCGUUGGCCUUCCCCGGCGACGCCCCGCCCACCUCCCUCCUCGAGUCGUCCCUGGAGGCACUCGGCGUGCGCAACCUCUACCUCACCCGGCUCGACGCAUCCCUCAACCACGGCAACAAGCCCAUCAGAUCGCGGGUAACGAAGCGGCUGCAGUCAUUCGCGGAGUGGGUGUUUGCCUACCGCCCAUCGGUGAAUGGCGAGGAGGGCAUCAGCGGCACCAGCGGGGGGCCGGAGGUGGUGAUUGUUGGGGGGCAUUCGGGGUGGUUCAGACACUUCUUCAGAGCCUACAUGCCGGUAGGUACUCAUGUGAGCUGACCCGAGCCAAGCAAGCCUAUUGGCGUGUGUGUGAUUACUCCUUCCUUGUGUUGGUUGUGUGUAGGGUGAUGUGGACCACGUGGCGAAGCGCAAGAAGAUAGUGAAUGGCGGCAUGGUGCGGUUCACACUACAGAAGCGCAUCAUCGUAAGCUAAGCGCAGGCCAGGCCACAUUCACUUCAGGAACAGCAGACCUUCCAAUGCGUUCAAUGCAUUCACGUCAUGUGAUGUGCAUUAUGUGAUGUGCACUGUGGAUGUCAUGUGGUGUGUAUGUGUGUGUCCUGUUUGGACCAGGGUGAGGGUGUCGACUACCACAUCGACCCCGCGUCGGUCGCCGUCAUAUACGGCGGGUUUGCCAAGUGAAUGAAAUGAAUGAAGGCAGCAGCAGUUUGGUUUGCCGGCGGCCCGGCCACGUGUGUGGGGGGGUGUACAUAAUGAGUUCAUCAGGUGGCUGGCUGCGAGAAUAUAUAGAUAGCAUUUUGAUACUAUCUAUCGCUCGUCUACAGCUUUUUCUUCCCGAUGGGUGUGAAUGUGUGUAUGUGACUGUCAUUGGUGCGACUGACGGCAUGGAUGGCAUGUACGUCUGUGUGGAUGGAUGGAUGAGCGACAGCACCCAUAUUUGUAUCAAUCAAUCAAUCAAUCAAUCAAUCAAU